GUGGUAGAACGCGAGCACGUAAUAUCGGCAGUGACCACCGAUCACCCUUAGACGAGUCGUAACUAGAGGAGAUAUAGGCAAAAUUCAGUCAUGAAAUGAAUUAGGAAUCUUACUCCCGCUGAUUCUAAGGCGCUCCAGUGAUAUCCGCAAAUACAAACAUUUGCAGUUAUAAACGUUGGAGAAAGAGCACCAGUAUGAAGCUUGCUGUGGUGCUUUGUGGCACUCUAAUAAGUUUGUUGCUUCGCAGUCAAGGUGUGCUGAGCAGUGCAGAGUGCUCCUGUGGGCGCAACCAUUUCACGUGUGCCGUCAGCGCAUUUGGAGAGUGUACCUGCAUCCCAGCACAGUGGCAGUGUGACGGAGACAAUGACUGUGGGGACCACAGCGAUGAAGAUGGCUGCAUGUUGCCUACUUGUUCUCCUCUGGACUUCCACUGUGACAAUGGCAAAUGUAUCCGUCGCUCGUGGGUGUGUGACGGAGACAACGACUGCGAAGAUGACUCAGAUGAACAGGACUGUCCCCCGCGAGAGUGUGAGGAGGAUGAAUUCCACUGCCAGAACGGUUACUGCAUCCGCAGUCUGUGGCACUGUGAUGGAGACAAUGACUGUGGGGACAACAGUGAUGAACAGUGUGAUAUGAGGAAGUGUUCAGAUAAAGAGUUCCGCUGUUCGGAUGGCAGCUGCAUCGCCGAACACUGGUACUGCGACGGAGACACCGACUGCAAGGAUGGAACUGACGAGGAAAACUGCCCCACUGAUAUGAUGGCCACCUGCAGUGUGGAGGAGUUUCAGUGUGCGUAUGGCCGUUGUAUCCUGGACAUCUACCACUGUGACGGAGACGAUGACUGCGGAGACUGGUCCGAUGAGUCCGACUGCUCAUCCCACCAGCCCUGUCGCUCUGUGGAGUUCAUGUGCAGCAGUGGCAUGUGCAUCAAUGCAGGAUGGAGGUGUGAUGGAGAGAUCGACUGUGAUGAUCAGUCAGAUGAGAAGAACUGCACCACCUCUAUGUGCACAGCUGACCAGUUCCGCUGUGCUUCUGGGCGCUGUGUGCGGUUGUCAUGGCGAUGUGAUGGUGAGGAUGAUUGCUCAGAUGGCAGUGAUGAAGAUGGCUGUGAAAAGACGGAUUCCCCACCCUGUGCUCCAGAUCAGUUCCUCUGUGGAAAUGGCCGCUGUAUCGGCCAGCGCAAGGUAUGCAACGAGGUCAAUGACUGCGGAGAUGGUACGGAUGAACAUCCACACCAAGACUGCCGCCCCAGGUCUAGUGAAGGAAACUGUAAUCAGAAUAAUGGAGGCUGCUCUCAUAAGUGCCAGAUGUCUCGAGGGCUGGUCCAGUGCACCUGCCACACUGGCUACAGGCUGACUGAGGACGGUCAGACAUGCCAAGAUGUGGACGAGUGCGCAGAGGAAGGUUACUGUAGUCAAGGCUGUACCAACACAGAAGGGGGUUUCCAGUGUUGGUGUGUUCAGGGCUAUGAGCUUAGACCUGACAAGCGCAGCUGCAAAGCUUUGGGUCCAGAGCCGGUUCUGCUGUUUGCUAAUCGUAUAGACAUCCGUCAGGUUCUGCCACACCGUUCUGAGUACACUCUGCUGCUGAACAAUCUAGAGAACGCCAUUGCACUCGACUUCCACCACAGCCGCGAGCUCGUCUUCUGGUCUGAUGUCACGCUUGACCGCAUCAUGAAGGCCAACCUCAAUGGCAGUAAUGUGGAAGAAGUUGUCUCAACUGGCCUGGAGAGCCCUGGUGGCCUGGCCAUAGAUUGGAUCCAUGAUAAACUGUACUGGACCGACUCGGGGACGUCCCGUAUAGAGGUAGCCAAUCUGGAUGGCACACACCGCAAGGUACUUCUCUGGCAGAACAUGGAGAAGCCUCGCGCCAUUGCCCUACACCCUAUUGAAGGGAAAAUCUACUGGACUGACUGGGGAAACACUCCUCGGAUAGAGUAUGCCAACAUGGAUGGCUCAAACCGCCGAGUCAUUGCGGACACACACUUGUUCUGGCCCAAUGGGCUGACGAUCGAUUAUGCGGGCCAUCGAAUGUACUGGGUGGACGCUAAACACCACGUGAUUGAGCGGGCAGACCUGGACGGAAAAAACCGAAAAGCAAUUAUUAGUCAAGGUCUUCCACACCCAUUUGCCAUUACAGUGUUUGAGGACAGUCUUUAUUGGACAGACUGGCACACAAAGAGCAUCAACAGUGCCAACAAAUUCACCGGCAAAAACCAGGAGAUCAUCCGCAACAAACUGCACUUUCCCAUGGACAUCCAUACACUGCAUCCCCAGAGGCAACCUGCAGGUGGUCGAAAUCGCUGUGGGAACAACAAUGGGGGCUGCAGCCACCUGUGUCUUCCCAGCAAUAAGACCUACACAUGUGCCUGUCCCACAGGCUUUAAGAAAGUGGACCAUUAUAACUGUGCACAGAGUCUUGACAAGUUCCUGCUUUUUGCCCGAAGGACGGACGUCCGUCGAAUCAGCUUUGACACCGAAGACAAGUCUGAUGAUGUCAUCCCACUGGCUGACGUACGGAAUGCAGUUGCACUGGACUGGGAUGCUAGUGAUGGACAUAUAUACUGGACUGAUGUCACUACGGAUUCCAUCAAUCGUGCCCUGUGGAAUGGCUCAAAACAGGAGGUUGUUGUUGACACCAGUUUGGAAAGCCCUGCGGGUCUAGCUAUUGACUGGAUGACGCACAAACUCUACUGGACAGAUGCAGGUACUGACCGGAUCGAGGUAUCUAACGCAGAUGGCAGCAUGCGCACAGUACUGAUCUGGGAGAAUCUGGACCGGCCUCGGGAUAUUGUGGUAGACCCAAUAGGAGGAUACAUGUACUGGACAGACUGGGGUGCGAAUCCUAAGAUUGAACGUGCUGGGAUGGAUGCGUCCAGCCGCAUUGUCAUCAUCUCCACCAACCUAACGUGGCCCAAUGGCCUUGCUAUUGACUACCAGACAGAGAGGCUGUACUGGGCGGAUGCCGGCAUGAAGACCAUCGAGUAUGGCAACUUUGAUGGCACAGACAGACAGGUGUUAAUUGGUAGUCAGCUACCCCACCCAUUUGGCUUGACCCUUCACGAGGAUAAAAUUUACUGGACGGACUGGCAGUCCAAAAGCAUUCAGAGUGCAGAUAAACUGACGGGCCUGGGCCGCUCCACCCUGGCAGAGAACCUGGAGAAUCUCAUGGACAUUCACAUGUUCCACCGGCACCGAACCACAGUUGAGACAUCUUGUGCUGUGAACAAUGGAGGCUGUAGUCAUCUGUGUCUCUUGGCCCCAGCUCCUAAAGGCUCCAGUUGUGCCUGUCCCACCGGCAUUAACCUACAGGUGGAUGGAAAGACUUGUACUCACGGAAUGAACAGCUUCCUCAUAUUUGCCCGGAGGACAGACGUCCGUAUGGUCUCCUUGGACAUCCCAUACUUUGCUGAUGUGGUUCUGGCUGUUAAUGGAUCUAUGAAAAACACCAUUGCAAUUGGAGUGGAUUCCAAAGAGAGCAAAGUGUACUGGUCAGAUAGCACAUUGAAGAAGAUCAGUAGGGCCAAUAUUAACGGCUCUGGAUAUGAGGAUAUCAUCUUCACUGGUCUGAUGACAACGGAUGGGUUGGCUGUGGAUUCUGUCGGCAGGAAGAUUUACUGGACCGACACGGGCACCAACCGCAUUGAGGUGGCCAAUCUAGAUGGUUCAAUGAGGAAAGUUCUGGUGUGGCAGAACCUGGACAGUCCUCGUGCCAUUGCCCUCUACCAUGAGAUGGGAUACAUGUACUGGACAGACUGGGGAGAGCACGCAAAACUGGAGAGGUCAGGGAUGGAUGGCUCAGAUCGUGCGGUUCUGAUCAACAGUAAUCUGGGCUGGCCUAAUGGGCUGGCCAUUGACAAGGCUGGAUCACAACUGCUGUGGGCUGAUGCGCACACUGAGCGAAUUGAGGCCUCAGACUUGAAUGGGUCUAACCGCCGCACUUUAGUGUCCCCAGUGCAGCACCCCUAUGGGCUCACUCUUCUUGGACCACAUAUCUACUGGACUGACUGGCAGAGUCGCAGUAUUCAGAGAGCUGACAAGACCACCGGGGCCAACAUCAUCACGGUCCGUGCCAACCUGCCUGGACUUAUGGAUAUACAGGCAGUGGACCGUGAGAGACCUUUGGGUUUUAAUAAGUGUGGACGAAAAAACGGAGGCUGUAGUCACCUGUGUCUGCCGCGUCCUAAUGGUACCUCCUGUGCAUGUCCUACGGGCAUCCUGCUAAAGAGUGAUGGGAGGUCAUGUGACGAAAGCCCUGAGACUUACCUGCUGUUCUCUAAUCGUGUGAGUGUGCGGAGAAUCUCCCUGGAUACCACCGACCAUACGGAUGUGCACGUGCCUAUCCCAGAGCUCCACAAUGUGAUCUCUCUGGACUACGACAGCGUGGAGGGGAAGCUGUAUUACACUGAUGUUACUCUGGAUGUCAUCAGACGGGCGAAUCUGGAUGGUUCUGGGAUGGAGACAGUGAUUAGUCAGGGCCUGAAGACAACUGAUGGACUAGCUGUGGACUGGGUGGCCCGGAACAUGUACUGGACUGAUACUGGGCGCAACACCAUUGAGGUGGCUCGCCUAGAUGGUUCCUCGCGGAAAGUUCUAGUCAACAACAGCCUGGAUGAACCCAGGGCUAUUGCCGUGUUCCCCAGCAAAGGGUACUUGUUUUGGACAGACUGGGGUCACAUUGCUAAAAUAGAACGGGCGCACUUGGAUGGCUCAGACCGGAAGGUUCUAAUAAACACAGACCUUGGGUGGCCUAAUGGUCUGACCCUGGACUACGAUACACGCAGGAUCUUUUGGGUAGAUGCUCAUCUGGAUCGUAUAGAGAGUUCUGACCUCAAUGGAAAACUGCGUCAAAUCCUGGUCAGCCCUGUGUCCCAUCCAUUUGCCCUCACACAGUUGAAGCCGGUGUCCUCCCCACUAACCCCUUUUUCCCGAAUCUCACAGCAAGACCGUUGGAUCUAUUGGACGGACUGGCAAACCAAGUCCAUCCAACGUGUAGAUAAACACACAGGCCGCAGCAAAGAGACUGUGCUGGCCAAUGUGGAGGGACUGAUGGACAUUAUUGUGGUGUCACCACAGCGGCAGAGCGGCACUAAUCACUGUGGAGUGAAUAAUGGGGGCUGCACUCAUCUCUGCUUUGCUAAGACAAACAGCUUUGUUUGUGCUUGUCCAGAUGAGCCUGAUGGUCGGCCCUGUUCCACCAUCGCUGGUUAUGUCCCUACAGUGGCCUACGGGGGAACCACCAGCACUCUGCCUCCAAACAAAAUCCCUAAGUUCCCCACGGACAAACCUCAUCGAGGCAGCCCUGUGAUCAACUGUACGGAUAAGAGUCUAAGCCUGGAAGGCUGCAUUCAGAACAAUGUGGUGACUGCACCUCAGGGGGAGGGUCUUCAUAUCAGCUAUGUGAUUGGUGGAGCUCUCACUAUCCUGGCUAUUUUGAUCCUCAUUGCGGCAUUCAUCAUUUACAGACACAAAAAGUCAAAGUUUGCUGACCCCGGGGUGAGCAACCUGACCUACAGUAAUCCUUCAUACAGAACAUCAACACAAGAAGUCAAAAUAGAGACCACCCAGAAACCUCAAAUAUACAACCAACUUCGAUAUAAAAAAGAGGGGGUUAGUGACGGUAGUUACACCAAAGAGAAGAUUCGGAUAGUGGAGGGUGUGUGUCUGCUCUCUGGGGAGGAGCUCUAUUGGGAGGAUCUAAGGCAGCUGAAGGUGUGUCGUGGAAGUGGGCUGCAUGCCUGCAUGCGUACAGACACUGUGUCACUGCAAGCUAGUAGUGCUUCUCUGGAUGAUGGGGAGACUGAACAGCUCCUGCAAGGUGACCAAUCAGAGUGCUCCAGCCUGAACACCGCGCCAGUUGCCACACCCCAGCGUCAUAGUGCACAUCCUGACACUGGCUGGGCUCCCAACCGUAAACCCUCUACAGAGAGUGAAGUGUGAUAAACACAGACACGCAUGCACAGUGGAUACACACACACGCACGCACACACUCAAACUGGAUUCCAAGCUCUCAACUAAGAGAGAAGUCUGACACACAAAUACAUUCACAGACACACAUAGGACAAGAACACAUAAACACAAAAGGGUUGGGGAGCAAACCUUUCAACACACAUAGGCAUCCAGUAAUAUGUAAACCUUGGAUCCUGAACCAGAGUCUCUGCACGGAUUUUAAAAAAAAAACCCUGCAUAUGGAUAUACUCUAGUUUGUAGAAAAAGGAUAGAAUAUGGAUUUCCUACAUAUUAAUGACACACAUUAGCUGAAUACUGAUCUUCAAAUCAUGUCUGUUCAAGAAAUACAUGCACACAUGGGUGUACACACACACAGAGACACACACACACACACACACAAACCGUGCCAGCCCUCCGUCCAGCUCACCCCCCUCAGUAUACCCGGACAUUUCUUAUUCCCCUCCUCAUCCUCCGCUCCACAGAUGAGCUCACCGCUGCCCCCUUCAGGCAAAGACUGAUGAAACUAUAAAUAGCAUGCUGGAGAAGAAGAACAUAGAAUGGACAUUUCAAGGAAGUGAACAGCAAACAAAACAGUGGACAUACAUGGAGCUUUUUUAAAAAUAAAAGGACAGCUAUGUUGUGUAUAAAGUAGCUUUUUUGACGCAAAAUAUCCGCUCUUGGACUACGUAAUAUUAAGCUCUCUGGUUUGCCACUCGUCAGACGCCACAUUUUUAAGAACUAUAUUUAUGAACUCUUUGUACUCUUGUGUGGGUUUGUCAGUUUUUGGAGUUAUGUAAGUGAUGAGAGUGUUAGGACUGUCAAGGCCUCAUGCAAUCAUUAGGCUUAAUCUGUAUUUAUGAUGGUGCCAAAGGACAGUGAGCUUUUUUACUCUGUGGAAGCCUCUGUGCAUUUUUUUUCUCAGCUUUUGAUGCGUGUUUCAGAGAGUUGAUGGUCCAUGUCAGAGAUAAACUAACGGAGACAUUUAAGCAGUGUAUGGUUUUGUUUUAAAUAUUGCCUUUUUUCUUAAUUUCACUCAUCAAAAGAAACUGUGGACCAUCUAAAUGUUUUAACUGUAUUAGCGACAUUAAGUAUUUUUUUAAUAAAGCGUAAGAAUAAAGAGACAGUUUUUAAGCUGCGACAUUACUGGAACUUGGAGAAAACAAUUUCAAUGAAGUAUAAGUGCCAAACAUUUUUUUUCUCAGUUUAUUUAUAUUUCUUGGGAGUCUUUAAAUGUAUUUGGCAUUUUUCUUUGACAUUUUGUUGAAAGUAGAUCAACCAUCUUUGAAUCUGUAAAGCACCAUGCACUUACAGUGUCUAUAUUCUAUAGAUGUUUAGUUUUGAAAUGUAGCUUUCUAUGAAACAAAUGGGGCUAUAUUAUGUGAACGGA